GUUUAAAACACAGAAACUAAAAUAAUCCAUUCACGUCUACGUUUUUUGAGUCGCAUCUUCAGAAGAUUGUUCAUUUCUUCACUUUCAUGUCACUCUGAACUCUUCUGACUUUUCUCCACCAGAACAGAAAAAGGAAAUAUUAUUAAAGUAACUAUACUUUCCAUAACGGGAAUGCAUGGUCAUCACUCGCUGUCAAGUUUACUUGUUAUUUUUCGUGGUUUAAAAAAACAAAACAUUAAUAAUCGGUGCUAGAUUGGGAUUUGAACCCUUGUCCACUUUCAUGCUUGACCACUAGACGAACACAUCUAUCAACCUAAUAAACAUAUUAUAUUAAUUUUAUUAUAAGGAACUACUACAUUUUUGAAAAUAUAUUGAGGUCUGCCACUGGUGCCUCCUCAAAAACAGGUGCAUGACCCCCUGGGCUCAGAACCACCUAUGUGGUUCUCCUCACAUUGUGCUUAAUUUUAGUUGUCUGCAAGCUAAUUAUGAUCUGUGAGAUUUGAUUAGCACAGGAAACAGAUUCCGUCCAUGUUGGAGCUCUGCCGUUUUCUAGAAGAACCUUAUAAGGGAAGCAUCAAAAGCUCAGGAAAAAGCCAUUUCCCAUUCUAUGCUGUGACUGACAGCCAUAAGUGCUCGCCUGGUGGUUAGGCUGGAUUGAGUGGUUUGAUUGGGCCCAUUGUGUCCCUGUGUGAGGGAGAUUGACAAAAAUUACACAAACUGCCAUUUCCAAAUGCCACUUAAAGCUCAGCCUGAGAGCAUCUCUGUUUUCAUCUGUUUUGUAUAUAGAUUUUUUUUUUACAUUUCUGUGCAUUUCAUCUGUGCUAGCAACAUUUAAUUUGGACUGAAAAUUGUGUGUGUGUGUGUGUGUGUGUGUGUGUGUGUGUGUGUGUGUGUGUGUGUGUGUGUGUGUGUGUGUCCAUAUGUCCUUCCUGGUGAAAAGACCAGUUUAGACUAGCAUGCAUUUCCAUGCUUACCUGUUUUUUUCUGGUUAGUGCUGGUCCAUUGCUGGUUAGCUGCUAGACCAGCAAAAUUUGUUCACCAAGAAGGAGGUCUUGCUUGUUGGUCAAGCUUGCAUCAGUCAAGCCUGAUGUACAAUAUUUGUUCUGACCUUUACGAUUCUUGCUUGUCAGAUUGUAAAACAAGAUCACUAGAGAACUUGGGCAAAAGCCAAGACAAACUGUGUGACAUUAACUGUCACUUAUGAUAGACUGUGUGAUUAUACAUAUUAGCUAACACUUUGGACAUGAUUGGGAGUGUUGCUGCUGGUGCCUAGCUCAAGUCUGUAUUUGUAGCCUGCUAACUUUUUUAGCAUCUCUUAUCAAUCUGUUUUCAGAUUUUAAUCUUUAAUCUCUGCCAUUUUUCAGCAUGCAUCUGUUUUUUUCCAUAUUAUUCUCUUAUCGCUAUUCAACUGCGUGCAUUUUUCCACCUGCAUCCACUUUCUAUUUUUAUCGCGAUUAAACUGUGUGCAUUUUACCAUGCGCACCCAUUUUCUCUGUGUUACACGGAUUACUGCAUCAUUCUCCAAGCACCGCUUACAAGAACAACUAUAACAACAAACAAUUGCGUGAGGGAUUCACAUCGAUCUCAAACUUCGCCGCUCGGGAACAACCAACAACAACAAACAAUUGUGGGGAAGAAUGACGGGGAAGACUCAAACCAGCAAUGUCACUAACAAGAACGACCCACGGUCCCUCAACUCACGGGUCUUUAUUGGCAACCUCAACACCGCCAUUGUGAAAAAGGCAGACAUCGAGGUCAUCUUUGCCAAGUAUGGCAAGAUCGUGGGCUGUUCGGUGCACAAGGGUUACGCUUUCGUCCAAUACAUUAGCGAACGGAACGCACGAGCGGCCGUGGCAGGCGAGAACGCCAGGAUUAUCGCAGGACAACCGCUUGAUAUUAACAUGGCUGGAGAGCCCAAGCCCUACAGGCAUAAAGCAGGAUCCAAACGACCUCUUACUGCUGUCUACAGUGGUUAUGAAUUUGAUUAUGAUUACUACAGGGAUGACUUCUACAGUCGGCUCUUUGACUAUCACGGACGGGUGGCCCCUCCUCCGAGGGCUGUGAUCCCUCUGAAGCGUUCACGGGUGGUUCUUCCAUCCACUCGGCGUGGGAAGAGUUCCUUCCCUAUUAAAACCUCUAACUCUUCUUCGUCAAGACCCCCAUCAUCAUCAUCAUCAUCCUUCUCUUCUGGGCUAAAAUUAAAGUCAGAUCAACUCCAGACUAUCAAACGUGAACUGACUCAAAUCAAGAUGAAAAUCGACUCGCUUCUGGGCCGCCUUGAGAAGAUCGAGAAACAGCAGCGAGCCGAGUGCGAACCUCAUAGGAAGUAUGAGGAUAACUGUGACUCGUUGCACGAGGAGUCGAUAUCGGAGACAGCUGAGAAUUCCGGAGAGGAAGGAGGGGAGGGGCCGUUGGACGCGGAAGCAGGAGAAAUGACGGAUGGUGGUGAGGAUGACUAUGACGAAGAGGGCAGCACUGAUCUGAUGGAAAACCAUGUGUCUGAUAUUGACAACUAAAGAGGUCUUCAUCCAGAGAGGAAAUCAACUUUGCUUUGAACAGAAGACAAGACAUUCUGCAAAUACUGAUAUUUCCUCUCAAAGAGGCAAUGAACUCUCUCCAUUGGCUGUGAUUAGAGGAAGAGCAAAUAUUUUGGCACCAUUUAGCAUAAUUCACUAUUGCUAUUUUUCAUUUAAUAGCGUUUAUCAUAUUCAAUCAUAUUUUGAUUUACACAUAACCUGUAGAGGAAAAAGAAAAGUUAAUGUCUAAUUUUAAACUUCAUCACGCAAAUAUCACUUAUUUACAACAAUCUGUAUGUGCAAAAUGAGCCUUAAAUGUCAGAAAAAAAUAACUUGUCAUUUUUAAACCCUCAGUAUUAACAGGAAGCUUCUUUAAAUAAUUCUACAUUAUACAAUUUUAAAAGGUCUGUAUUAAGGUUUAACAAUGAAUAUAUUUCAUGAGACUGUCGGCAAAACUUUUUUAUGCUGUCUCUUUUCUCACACACAUAUUUCAGAGACAAUUUAUGUUUUCUGAAAGUUGUUAGUACUUUAUUGUUGUACAGUUGUGCUCCCUGGAUCAAAAUAAAUAAACUUUAAGUUUUGAUUCUCCGAUUGAAUGAAGUAUACAAUAUGUACACUCGCUAUAUAUAUAUAUAUAUAUACUUCAAUUUCAUCCGUCCUAUAAAUCUUGUAAACUCUAAAGACAACAGACAUAUUGUCAGACUAACAGACUAAGAUUAAUUUUCUCUUAAUGUGUCAUAAACUGUAAAGAUGACGUUGUACUUCAUUGUCAUUGUAUUGUCGUCCGUCCCCCUCCCCCCACGCAUAGCUGUGUGUAAAUUAGAAUCAAAUGUAGUUGUCUCAAAAUUCGUUUCUCUAUGAUGUCAUUCAGUAUAGAGUAUGUCAUAAUGAACUCUAUUUUUUGUAUGGCAGAUUUACAGAAAAAUUUUCAGAAUAUUCCUUUUUUUUCUGCUGACAUUUUCAUUCUGCUACUGUACAUAUUUUAUUUGUUUAAAUGAAGAAUGUGGGAACACGUGUAAGCUUUAAAAAAGAACAAAAGUAAUGGAUCCGUUUCAUUGGAAAAAUGUGACAAUUCUUUUAUAUUUUCAAAUCAGUGUCUUGUUGGGGAGAAAACCAAUUUUAUACAGUCUAGGUCAAUAGUAUCAUAACUGCUUGGCUGAGAGGCCUGGUAAUAUUACAGAAUAUUGUAUAGAAAUGUAAACUAUUUGUAAAGAUAUUUUUAUGAUUAGCAUGUUUAUUAUUUUAAAUUGUUUUAUUUGU